AGUUGUGUGAUUCAUGUAAAGCCAUCAGUACUGAGCCUAGAACAUGAGUACAACAUAUGGAGCCCCCUCCUGACUGUGUGCUGGGCAUUAAGUGCCAGGGGUUAGGUGUUCAUGAGUGUGUUAAACAUGUCCUUUCCUUAUGUACUGCACCUCUCAAAGAAUAGGCAGCUCCAUUGUGAGUGUGUCUAUUAUUUUAGGAAAUUGUAGCUGAAAAUUAACAUGAUGCCUCCUCAUUCUAGGUUUCUCAAACUGACUCAAUCCAUGAGACAUGUAUCAUUGUAUUCAAAACCUAAUGGGCAUUUUGUUAGACAACAAAUGGUUUCUAAGAUUUCCAACAACAACAAAAAAACUUUGAAGCUUCUGGUUGAGAAAUCAUUAAACCCUCCCACUGGCACACUCCUGUAAUUCCAUUUAUGGUAGUGGAGUCAGUGAUUUGAACGAAGUACUUUCAGUUUCAUAUUACUCUAAAUCCAUUACAAAUCUGCUUAGCUUCUAAAUAUUUCAUCAAUGAAGAAAUCCCAGCCCUACAACUUCGGAACAGUGAAAUAUUAGUCCAGGGAUCCAGUGAGAGACACAGAAGUGCUAGAAGCCACUCCUCGUGAACUAAGGAGAAAAAGAACAGACAAGCGAACACCCUGGACAUGGCAUCAGAGAUUCACAUGACAGGCCCAAUGUGCCUCAUUGAGAACACUAAUGGGCGACUGAUGGCGAAUCCAGAAGCUCUGAAGAUCCUUUCUGCCAUUACGCAGCCUAUGGUGGUGGUGGCAAUUGUGGGCCUCUACCGCACAGGCAAAUCCUACCUGAUGAACAAGCUGGCUGGAAAGAAAAAGGGCUUCUCUCUGGGCUCCACGGUGCAGUCUCACACUAAAGGAAUCUGGAUGUGGUGUGUGCCCCACCCCAAGAAGCCAGGCCACAUCCUAGUUCUGCUGGACACCGAGGGUCUGGGAGAUGUAGAGAAGGGUGACAACCAGAAUGACUCCUGGAUCUUCGCCCUGGCCGUCCUCCUGAGCAGCACCUUCGUGUACAAUAGCAUGGGAACCAUCAACCAGCAGGCUAUGGACCAACUGUACUAUGUGACAGAGCUGACACAUCGAAUCCGAUCAAAAUCCUCACCUGAUGAGAAUGAGAAUGAGGUUGAGGAUUCAGCUGACUUUGUGAGCUUCUUCCCAGACUUUGUGUGGACACUGAGAGAUUUCUCCCUGGACUUGGAAGCAGAUGGACAACCCCUCACACCAGAUGAGUACCUGACAUACUCCCUGAAGCUGAAGAAAGGUACCAGUCAAAAAGAUGAAACUUUUAACCUGCCCAGACUCUGUAUCCGGAAAUUCUUCCCAAAGAAAAAAUGCUUUGUCUUUGAUCGGCCCGUUCACCGCAGGAAGCUUGCCCAGCUCGAGAAACUACAAGAUGAAGAGCUGGACCCCGAAUUUGUGCAACAAGUAGCAGACUUCUGUUCCUACAUCUUUAGUAAUUCCAAAACUAAAACUCUUUCAGGAGGCAUCCAGGUCAAUGGGCCUCGUCUAGAGAGCCUGGUGCUGACCUACGUCAAUGCCAUCAGCAGUGGGGAUCUACCCUGCAUGGAGAACGCAGUCCUGGCCUUGGCCCAGAUAGAGAACUCAGCUGCAGUGCAAAAGGCUAUUGCCCACUAUGAACAGCAGAUGGGCCAGAAGGUGCAGCUGCCCACGGAAAGCCUCCAGGAGCUGCUGGACCUGCACAGGGACAGUGAGAGAGAGGCCAUUGAAGUCUUCAUCAGGAGUUCCUUCAAAGAUGUGGACCAUCUAUUUCAAAAGGAGUUAGCGGCCCAGCUAGACAAAAAGCGGGAUGACUUUUGUAAACAGAAUCAGGAAGCAUCAUCAGAUCGUUGCUCAGGUUUACUUCAAGUCAUUUUCAGUCCUUUAGAAGAAGAAGUGAAGGCGGGAAUUUAUUCGAAACCAGGGGGCUAUCGUCUCUUUGUUCAGAAGCUACAAGACCUGAAGAAAAAGUACUAUGAGGAACCGAGGAAGGGGACACAGGCUGAAGAGAUUCUGCAGACAUACUUGAAAUCCAAGGAGUCUAUGACUGAUGCAAUUCUCCAGACAGACCAGACUCUCACAGAAAAGGAAAAGGAGAUUGAAGUGGAACGUGUGAAAGCUGAGUCUGCACAGGCUUCAGCAAAAAUGUUGCAGGAAAUGCAAAGAAAGAAUGAGCAGAUGAUGGAACAGAAGGAGAGGAGUUAUCAGGAACACUUGAAACAACUGACUGAGAAGAUGGAGAACGACAGGGUCCAGUUGCUGAAAGAGCAAGAGAGGACCCUCGCUCUUAAACUUCAGGAACAGGAGCGACUACUACAAGAGGGAUUUCAAAAAGAAAGCAGAAUAAUGAAAAAUGAGAUACAGGAUCUCCAGACGAAAAUGAGACGACGAAAGGCAUGUACCAUAAGCUAAAGACCAGAGCCUUCCUGUCACCCCUAACCAAGGCAUAAUUGAAACAAUUUUAGAAUUUGGAACAAGCGUCACUACAUUUGAUAAUAAUUAGAUCUUGCAUCAUAACACCAAAAGUUUAUAAAGGCAUGUGGUACAAUGAUCAAAAUCAUGUUUUUUCUUAAAAAAAAAAAAGACUGUAAAUUGUGCAACAAAGAUGCAUUUAUCUCUGUAUCAACUCAGGAAAUCUCAUAAGCUGGUACCACUCAGGAGAAGUUUAUUCUUCCAGAUGACCAGCAGUAGACAAAUGGAUACUGAGCAGAGUCUUAGGUAAAAGUCUUGGGAAAUAUUUGGGCAUUGGUCUGGCCAAGUCUACAAUGUCCCAAUAUCAAGGACAACCACCCUAGCUUCUUAGUGAAGACAAUGUACAGUUAUCCAUUAGAUCAAGACUACACGGUCUAUGAGCAAUAAUGUGAUUUCUGGACAUUGCCCAUGUAUAAUCCUCACUGAUGAUUUCAAGCUAAAGCAAACCACCUUAUACAGAGAUCUAGAAUCUCUUUAUGUUCUCCAGAGGAAGGUGGAAGAAACCAUGGGCAGGAGUAGGAAUUGAGUGAUAAACAAUUGGGCUAAAGAAGAAAACUUUUCUUAUUGUUCAGUUCAUCCAGAUUAUAACUUCAAUGGGACACUUUAGACCAUUAGACAAUUGACACUGGAUUAAACAAAUUCACAUAAUGCCAAUUACACACUGUAUUUAUAGCAACGUAUAAUUUGCAAAGAUGGACUUUAAAAGAUGCUGUGUAACUAAACUGAACUAAUUCAAUUACUUAUUAUUUAGAAUGUUAAAGCUUAUGCUAGUCUUUUCUAAUUCUUAACAAUCAUAUUUGAAAUCUUUCUGAGUUUCCCCAGAAGAGAAUAUGGGAUUUUUUUUUGACAUUUUUGACCCAUUUAAUAAUGCUCUUGUGUUUACCUGGUAUAUGUAGACUUUGUCUCAUGUGUCAAAAGUCCUAGGAAAGUGGUUGAUGUUUCUUAUAGCAAUUAAAAAUUAUUUUUGAACUGAAAA